GCAGUGUGCUACUUCUCAUCACUCUGGCUUCCGUCACAAUGUAAGCCGUUUGGUAUUUCACCUAAAACCUGUCCUCUCCGGAAACUUUCGAACAUGGCUUGUGUCGAUUCCGAAGUUGACUUGAUGACGAUUCCUCUCGUUGCACUGAAUGUGACUGUGAGGAAAAAGUUAGCUCUGUACCUGAACCCCAAGAACACAGUGGCCGCGGACUGGAUGGCUGUUGCAGAGGCCAUGGGCUUCAAUUACCUGGAAAUAAAGAACCACGAGACGUCCCAAAGUCCCACUAAAACGGUCCUGGAGAACUGGCACGCUCGCAACUCCGAUGCCACGGUGGGGAAGCUGCUGUCCAUCCUCUCCGAGGUGGACAGAUGUGACAUUGUGAAGGACCUCCGUCCUUUGAUAGAUGAGGAUGUCAGGAAGUAUUGUGAGAAUCUGAGGAAGAAGGCUGAGCCCCCUCUUCAGGUCCCUGAGGUGGACAGCUGUUUCCCACGCACCCCGGAGAGAGUUGGGAUCACCCUGGAGGAUGACCCUGACGGUGCCCCUGAGCUGUUUGAUGCCUUCAUCUGCUACUGCCAGAGCGACUUUGAGUUUGUCCAUGAGAUGAUUCGCGAGCUGGAACAGACAGAGUACAAACUGAAGCUGUGUGUGUUUGACAGAGACGUCCUCCCGGGCUCCUGUGUCUGGACCAUCACCAGUGAACUCAUAGAGAAGAGGUGUAAGAGGAUGGUGGUGGUGAUUUCUGAUGAAUACCUUGAAAGCGAUGCCUGUGACUUUCAGACCAAGUUUGCUCUCAGCCUCUGUCCCGGAGCCCGAAAUAAACGACUUAUUCCAGUAAAGUACAAGUCAAUGUCAAAACCGUUCCCCAGCAUUUUACGCUUCCUUACCAUAUGUGACUACACCCGGCCUCCCACACAGGCCUGGUUUUGGGUACGGCUGGCCAAAGCGCUCUCUCUUCCAUAACUUUGGUUCAGGCAGUUCAUUUUUUUAAAUUUUUUAAUUUCAUCAACGGGGAUGUUGAACAAUGACCAAAAAUCCCAUGUUAAAGUAAGUGUGUGCUGUUGCUGCACACUUCUCAUUUACUGUGUGAAUUGUAGUAUGACUAUUUGUGUUUCCUAUGAAGAUGACAGUGAUUUUUAUCAUUCAUCAUUAUGAAACUCAAGCUGCAGACGGAUACCAAAUAUCAGCAAAGUUCUCACUGCACACAGCUAUAAUUAUGUUUCAAAGAUAACGUAAGUUGUACCUGCAGCUGUUAUGUAUUUAUGCAAGUUAUAUUGGCGAGGAGCAUGUGUUCGUAUUGGGGGUUGCUGUGGAAAAAAAAAUGUUUUUUGCGCUGGCCACUUCCUCUUACGAGUCGGUAUCUAGAUGAGAUUGAAGCGCAAGAGGAAGAGAUAUUGUGAUUCUUCCACUUGUUACAUUUGACUGACUGCUGACUCCUGCCUUUCUCUCUCACUUUCUCUAUUUGUUGCCAGAAUUUCUCUACACGUUGUACUUUUGAUAUGGUUGCUUAUGAGCAGUUUAAUAAAAUGAAUUUAUUUUACCUCGAAUAAA